UCCACCUUAGUACCUUACUCUCUCUUACUAUUCAAAACCAAGCCACAAACACAUAAACACAAACAAUGGCACCCCAAUACCUCUUCCCAUUAUUCUUUUUUGUGAUCUUCUUCUUCCAUUGGCGCAUAAUUUCUGCUCAAUCUCCAGCAGUUGCUCCGGCACCAUCAGGCACCAAUGUGACCGCUGUUCUUGAAAAGGCCGGUCAGUUCACUACCUUGAUCAAGCUUCUCAAAAGCACAAAGACGGCCGACCAAAUCAACACCCAGCUCAGCACAUCAAACCAAGGCAUCACUAUCUUUGCACCAACUGACAAUGCCUUUGCAUCCCUCAAAGCAGGCACGCUAAACUCCAUUUCAGAACAACAAAAGCUCCAACUACUCCAGUUCCAUAUCCUCCCCUCUUACUAUUCUACCUCACAGUUCCAAACCGCCAGCAACCCUUUGCAUACACAGGCAGGGAAUAGCGAUGAUGGGCAGUUCCCACUCAAUGUGACCACAUCAGGCAACCAAGUAAACAUAACAACUGGGGUUGUCACUGCCUCAGUGGCUAAUACCAUAUUUACAGACAACCAGCUAGCUGUGUAUCAGGUGGACCAGGUGCUCCUUCCUUUGGCAAUUUUUGGCUCACCAGCACCCGCUCCAGCGCCAGCUGCUAAAACAAGUGUUAAAGGUUCUGAUGCUCCUGCCGCAGGGUCGUCAUCGAAUGACAGUCCUGUUGACGCAUCUGCUGCAAUUGGCCUGAAGCACCAGACAAUGAAAGCAGUGUCCAUGGCAUUAACGAUGCUUGCAGCAUUCUUGUUGUGAUGAGAUAUUGAGUUGAACUACUGUAAUCAUUUGAUCUUUUGUUUUCUUUUCUGUUUCCUUUGCCGAUUGUGCUAAGAAUUUUGUACUGCUGUUAUUAUUUGAACUACAUUCGCCAAUGUUCUUUUUAAUAACACUUUCAUCCAGAUAGUAUC